ACGGGCGGCGGCGACGCCGCCGCGUUCCGCCGUCGGUGCUAGAGGGCGACCGCGGGGCGCGGAGCCCGCCUGGCUCGGCGGCGCGGAGCGCGGAGGUAGCGCGGAGGGGCCGCCGCCGGGGCCGGUGCUGCUGCCACCGCAGCCGCCGCCGCCAUGGGCAACGCGGGGAGCGUGGACUCGCAGCAGACGGAGUUCAGGGCGCACAGCGUGCCCCUCAAGCUGCCCAUGCCCGAGCCCGGUGAGCUGGAGGAGCGCUUCGCCGUCGUCCUGAACGCCAUGAACCUGCCUCCCGACAAAGCCCGGCUGCUGCGGCAGUACGACAACGAGAAGAAGUGGGAGCUCAUCUGUGACCAGGAAAGAUUUCAAGUGAAGAAUCCUCCUCACACCUACAUCCAGAAGUUGAAGGGCUAUCUGGACCCAGCUGUAACCAGGAAGAAAUUCAGGAGGAGAGUCCAAGAGUCUACCCAAGUCCUCAGAGAACUGGAAAUUUCCUUGAGAACAAAUCACAUUGGAUGGGUGAGGGAGUUCCUGAAUGAAGAAAACAAAGGCUUGGAUGUUCUGGUGGAGUACUUGUCCUUUGCACAGUAUGCAGUCACGUUUGACUUCGACAGCUUGGAGAACAACGUGGAGAACUCGAUGGAGAAGUCCAAGCCUUGGAGCCGCUCCAUCGAGGACCUGCACAGGGGCAGCAACCUGCCCUCGCCCGUGGGCAACAGCAUCUCCCGCUCCAGCAGGCACUCCACCCUGCGGUACAACACUUUGCCCAGCAGAAGGACGCUCAAGAACUCGAGAUUAGUGAGUAAAAAAGAUGAUGUCCACGUCUGCAUCAUGUGUUUGAGGGCCAUCAUGAACUACCAGUAUGGGUUCAACAUGGUCAUGUCCCAUCCCCACGCCGUGAACGAGAUUGCACUAAGCUUGAACAACAAGAACCCCAGGACAAAGGCCCUUGUCUUAGAGCUUUUAGCAGCCGUUUGCCUCGUCAGAGGAGGACACGAAAUCAUUUUAUCUGCCUUUGAUAACUUCAAGGAGGUGUGUGGGGAGAAGCAGCGCUUUGAGAAGCUGAUGGAGCACUUCAGAAACGAAGACAACAACAUAGACUUCAUGGUGGCCUGCAUGCAGUUCAUCAACAUCGUGGUCCACUCGGUGGAGGACAUGAACUUCAGAGUCCACCUCCAGUAUGAGUUCACAAAGCUUGGCCUGGAUGAGUACUUGGAUAAACUGAAGCACACAGAGAGUGACAAACUGCAGGUGCAAAUCCAGGCUUACCUGGACAACGUUUUUGAUGUGGGAGCUCUGCUGGAGGAUGCCGAAACCAAGAACGCAGCCCUGGAAAGAGUGGAAGAACUGGAAGAAAACAUUUCUCAUUUGUCUGAAAAACUCCAAGACACAGAGAAUGAAGCCAUGGCCAAGAUUGUGGAACUGGAAAAGCAGCUCAUGCAAAGGAACAAAGAACUGGAUGUGAUUCGGGAGAUCUACAAAGACGCAAACAGCCAAGUGCACACCCUGAGGAAGAUGGUGAAGGAGAAGGAGGAAGCCAUCCAGCGGCAGUCCACGCUGGAGAAAAAGAUCCAUGAGCUGGAGAAGCAAGGAACCAUUAAGAUCCAGAAGAAAGGGGAUGGAGACAUCUCCAUCCUGCCUGUUGCUCUGGCCGCCGGCGCGGUGCCAGCAGGGCCCGAGGCUGUGGCCGGCGCUUGUGUCGCACCGGUCGCUGGAGCGGCGUCUUCGGUACCUUUGCCACCACCUCCACCACCCUUACCCACCUCAGCAGCAGCAGCCGAGGCAGUGCCAAACGGUCCCGUGUCAGUGCCGAUGCCUCCGCCGCCGCCACCGCCGCCUCCGCCGCCUCCUCUGCCAGGCCCAGCCCUGGAGACGGCUCCUGCCGCCCCGCUGCCCCCACCGCCUCCACCGUCAGCUCCCCCUCUGCCUGGCACCGCCUCUCCCACCGUGGUCUUCAACUCAGGGCUCGCAGAUGGACCAAUCAAGCUCUUCUCUGUGAAGAUCAAGAAGCCAAUCAAGACCAAGUUCCGCAUGCCGGUGUUCAACUGGGUCGCCCUCAAACCCAACCAGAUCAAUGGGACAGUCUUCAAUGAGAUAGAUGAUGAAAGGAUCCUGGAGGAUUUAAACGUGGAUGAAUUUGAAGAGAUCUUCAAAACGAAAGCCCAGGGUCCAGCCAUUGAUCUGACUUCCAGCAAGCAGAAGAUAACUCAGAAAGGGUCGAACAAAGUCACGUUGCUGGAUGCCAACAGGGCCAAAAACCUGGCCAUUACUCUGAGGAAAGCUGGCAAGACAGCAGAUGAGAUCUGCAAAGCCAUCCACGUGUUUGACCUGAAGACGUUGCCAGUGGACUUUGUGGAGUGCCUGAUGAGGUUCCUGCCCACUGAGAACGAGGUGAAAGUGCUGCGGCUGUACGAGCGCGAGAGGAAGCCCAUCGAGAACCUGUCCGACGAGGACCGCUUCAUGAUGCAGUUCAGCAAGAUCGAGAGGCUGAUGCAGAAGAUGACCAUCAUGGCCUUCAUAGGCAACUUUGCAGAGAGCAUCCAGAUGCUCACCCCGCAACUUCACGCCAUAAUAGCUGCCUCUGUCUCAAUAAAGUCAUCCCAAAAGCUGAAGAAGAUCCUGGAGAUCAUCCUGGCCCUUGGGAACUACAUGAACAGCAGUAAGAGAGGAGCUGUCUAUGGAUUUAAGCUACAGAGUUUAGACCUGCUCCUGGAGACAAAGUCCACAGACCGCAAGCAGACUCUGCUGCACUACAUCUCAAACGUGGUCAAGGAGAAGUACCAGCACGUGUCCCUCUUCUACAAUGAGCUUCACUACGUGGAGAAGGCUGCUGCAGUGUCUCUGGAAAAUGUCCUCCUGGACGUGAAGGAGCUGCAGAGGGGCCUGGACCUGACGAAGCGUGAGUACACCAUGCACGACCACAACACCAUGCUGAAGGACUUCAUCCAGAACAAUGAGGGCAAGCUGAAGAAGCUGCAGGAUGAUGCCAAAAUUGCCCAGGAUGCCUUCGAUGAUGCUGUCAAGUACUUUGGGGAGAACCCCAAGACCACUCCCCCGUCGGUCUUCUUCCCAGUCUUUGUCCGCUUCGUGAAGGCCUACAAGCAAGCAGAAGAAGAGAACGAGUUGAGGAAAAAGCAGGAGCAAGCCUUAAUGGAAAAACUUAUGGAGCAGGAAGCCUUGAUGGAGCAACAGGACCAAAAGUCUCCUUCCCACAAAACCAAGAGGCAGCAGCAGGAGCUGAUUGCGGAGCUGCGCCGGCGGCAGGUGAAGGACAACAGGCACGUGUACGAAGGGAAGGAUGGUGCCAUUGAAGACAUCAUCACAGAUCUUCGCAACCAGCCGUACCGCCGUGCCGACGCGGUGAGGAGGAGCGUCCGGCGCCGCUUCGACGACCAGAACCUGCGCUCUGCCGGCGGCGCCGAGAUCACCAUGUGAGCUGCGGGCCAGCCAAGGCGCUGCUGCUGCUGCUGAGGAUGAGGAGGGUGGGGUGUGGGCUUGAAUCAGACCUUGUCGGCGUCAGCUCUACCUUCUGCCGCUCGUCUGCAGCCUUGGGAACAGCUAAAGAGGCCUUCUGAAGGGCUCAGUGACCUUGACCAUCAGCCAUGGGUUCUCCACUCAACCGUAGUUAACAAGUGCCUAAAAAUUAUGGAAGGACCUGCUCAAACUCAUGGAAGCAAUAGACUGGACCUGACUGGGUAUCAUCUCUGGACUCCAAUCUGCUCUUCAGGGGUUUUAACCAAAAUGUAACAUAUUGGUUGGGUUGGGUUGUUUUAUUUUGGCGGGGGGGGGGAGGGGAGAGGUGUCUGGUUUGGGUUGGUUUCUAUCAAAGGUUUAGUGGUGACUCUCCUGUGGCUCUGGGCUGGUUGUAAACUGGAAUGUGCUCUGCUUUUAAAUCCAUUCCAAGAGCUUGAGCUUGGCUGCAGCUGCACCAAAGUGGUUUAAGGAGGAUCAAAUCUUAAGGGCUUUCCAUUGCUUAUGUGGAAAUGCCUCCAAGAAGAGACUACCCCUACCAUAGCCAGGCUGUGGUACCACCUACAACAGAUGUGGAGGCAAUUCCAUGAAGAGAGCUCUACCUCUUCCCACCACCCCACCAUAGCCAGGCUGUGGUACCAUCUACACCAGAUGUGGAGGUACCUCCAUGAGAAGAUCUCUACCUUUUCCUACUACCCCACUGUAGCCUGGCCAUGGUACCACAUAGAUGUGGAAACAUCUCCAUGACAACACCACCUUUCCUACCUUGCCGUAGCCAAGCCGUGGUGCCAGGUGCAGCAGCUGUGGAAACAUCUCCAUGAAGACACCUUUCCUGCUCUGCCAUAGCCAAGCCAUGGUGCCAGGUGCAGCAGCUGUGGAAACAUCUCCAUGAAGACAGCACCUUUCCUGCUCUGCCAUAGCCAAGCCAUGGUGCCAGGUACAGCAGCUGUGGAAACAUCUCCAUGAAGACAGCACCUUUCCUGCUCUGCCAUAGCCAAGCCAUGGUGCCAGGUGCAGCAGCUGUGGAAACAUCUCCAUGAAGACACCUUUCCUGCUCUGCCAUAGCCAAGCCAUGGUGCCAGGUGCAGCAGCUGUGGAAACAUCUCCAUGAAGACAGCACCUUUCCUGCUCUGCCAUAGCCAAGCCAUGGUGCCAGGUGCAGCAGCUGUGGAAACAUCUCCAUGAAGACAGCACCUUUCCUGCUCUGCCAUAGCCAAGCCAUGGUGCCAGGUACAGCAGCUGUGGAAACAUCUCCAUGAAGACAGCACCUUUCCUGCUCUGCCACAGCCCAGCCAUGGUGCCAGGUGCAGCAGCUGUGGAAACAUCUCCAUGAAGACAGCACCUUUCCUGCUCUGCCAUAGCCAAGCCAUGGUGCCAGGUGCAGCAGCUGUGGAAACAUCUCCAUGAAGACAGCACCUUUCCUGCUCUGCCAUAGCCAAGCCAUGGUGCCAGGUGCAGCAGCUGUGGAAACAUCUCCAUGAAGACAGCACCUUUCCUGCUCUGCCACAGCCCAGCCAUGGUGCCAGGUACAGCAGCGAUCCUGAGAUGAGUCUAAGUGGCACACAAGGAUUCACUGUGAGGUUUCAGGGACGUCUGGGUGCUCCAGAGGUGGACAGCCUGAGGAAGGUGGCCAAGACAUGUGCUAUGUUUUUCAGCUAGAGGCAGCUUCUCAGCCAGGGCGUUGAUUAAUUAGCACUAAUUACUUAACAGCUCAUUAAUCAGUAUUAGGAUUGGGGGGAGCAGUGCAGCCCAGUUCCUCCUAUGUGCCCUGCUCUGUGGGAUUCACUCCCAGGUUCCUUGGACAAUUCCAUUGGGGAUCCCUUGGUGCCCAGCCCACAAACAUCUUGCUUGGUUAUAGGUCACAUUCUGAAAGUCUCAGAACCUAAAAAGGGACCUGAGACCUUCCUCCAGCAGCAUUCCACACUCUACUGUUGAUUGGCAGCAGACCCUCCAGGAUCUGUGGGCUUCUACCAACUCUAUGCCCACAGGGGUACAAUGAUCUUCAACCAACAACUCCAUGCCCACAGGGUUACAAUGAUCUUCUCCAACCAACUGCAUGGCCACUGAGAUCACUGCUCUCCAACCAGCAACUCCAGGCCCACGGGGUUACAUGGAUCUCCAACCAACUCCAUGCCCACAGAGGACACUGAUCUGCAACCAGUAACUCCAUGCCUACAGGCUUACAAUGAUCUUCUCCAACUCCACACUCACAGAAGACACUGCUCUCCAACCAACUCCAUGCCCACAGGGAUCACUCAUCUUCUCCAAUUCCAUGCACACCCAGGACAUUGCUCUCCAACCAACAACUCCAUGCCCACAGGGUUACAACAGCCUUCUCCAACCAACUCCACACCCACACAGCUACAACAGCCUUCUCCAAUCAACUCCAUGCCCACAGAGUUACAAUGAUCCUCUCCAAUCAACUCCAUGCCCACAGGGUUACAAUGAUCUUCUCCAACUCCAUGCCCACAGGGUUACAACAGCCUUCUCCAACCAACUCCAUGCCUACUGGGUUACAACAGCCUUCUCCAACCAACUCCACACCCACACAGCUACAACAGCCUUCUCCAACCAACUCCAAGCCCACAGAGUUACAAUGAUCCUCUCCAAUCAACUCCAUGCCCACAGGGUUACAAUGAUCUUCUCCAACUCCAUGCCCACAGGGUUACAACAGCCUUCUCCAACCAACUCCAUGCCUACUGGGUUACAACAGCCUUCUCCAACCAACUCCACACCCACACAGCUACAACAGCCUUCUCCAACCAACUCCAAGCCCACAGAGUUACAAUGAUCUUCUCCAACCAACUCCAUGCCCACAGGGUUACAACAGCCUUCUACAACCAACUCCACGCCUACUGGGUUACAACAGCCUUCUACAACCAACUCCAUGCCCACAGGGUUACAACAGCCUUCUCCAACCAACUCCAUGCCCACAGGGUUACAAUGAUCUUCUCCAACCAACUCCAUGCCUACUGGGUUACAACAGCCUUCUCCAACCAACUCCAUGCCCACAGGGUUACAGUGAUCUUCUCCAACCAACUCCAUGCCCACAGGGUUACAGUGAUCUUCUCCCAUCAACUCCAAGCCCACAGAGUUACAAUGAUCUUCUCCAACCAACUCCAAGCCCACAGAGUUGUAAUGAUCUUCUCCAACCAACUCCAUGCCCACAGGGUUACAACAGCCUUCUCCAACCAACUCCAUGCCCACAGGGUUACAGUGAUCUUCUCCAAUCAACUCCAUGCCCACAGAGUUACAAUGAUCUUCUCCAACCAACUCCAUGCCCACAGGGUUACAGUGAUCUUCUCCAACCAACUCCAUGCCCACAGGGUUACAGUGAUCUUCUCCAACCAACUCCAUGCCCACAGGGUUACAGUGAUCUUCUCCCAUCAACUCCAAGCCCACAGAGUUACAAUGAUCUUCUCCAACCAACUCCAAGCCCACAGAGUUGUAAUGAUCUUCUCCAACCAACUCCAUGCCCACAGGGUUACAACAGCCUUCUCCAACCAACUCCAUGCCCACAGGGUUACAGUGAUCUUCUCCAAUCAACUCCAUGCCCACAGGGUUACAAUGAUCUUCUCCAACCAACUCCAUGCCUACUGGGUUACAACAGCCUACUCCAACCAACUCCAUGCCCACAGGGUUACAGUGAUCUUCUCCAACCAACUCCAUGCCCACAGGGUUACAGUGAUCUUCUCCAACCAACUCCAUGCCCACAGGGUUACAGUGAUCUUCUCCAACUCCAUGCCCACAAAUCUCCAAGGUGAUAACCAGAAGAGAAAACCACCCCAACAUGUCAACUUGCCAAGCUCCUUUUUGCUUCCAGCUUCCUUUCCCUGGGCUAGUGGCAUCCAUAUGUUAAUUGUAAAAUUCUUGUAUAGUAUUUAACCACCAAAAUUUCCUUUCCCUUCCCCUCCCCCCACCACCCCCCUCCUUUUAUUUUUUUUUUGGGUCCUUUUUACCUCGUGCUUUGUUUUUUUGUGUUGUUUUUGCUUGGUUUUUUGUUUUUGGUGAACCCAAUGGUGAAAAUCCUGCUUUAUUCAGUUAGGGGUUUGGUUUUUUUUGCCUCCUCCUUCCUCUUUCCUGGGCUAAUUGUGUAGAGAGUUUUGGGUUGUUUUUAAAUGUACAGAUAUUUUGCUACAAAAAAAAAAAAAAAAAGAGA